CCUCAAUAAUGAUCAUUAAUCUCCUCUUAUUAAUAUGCUCUAAACCAAGCUCUUUCUUAUCAACAAUAAUACUGUCAAACUCACAAAUUACUAGUAAUAUUUGCCUAGUGUUUUCUUGAAAUUUCAAGAAUCAAAAUGGCAAAGAACAACAAAGACUCCCAAUAUAAAAAGAUUUUCAAAUUGGAUAAUAGAAAGAAACAAAGCCAAAGUUCUGAUGAAAUAAAAGGGAAAUCAAAAUCAAACAUGGUGCUUAUAGAAUACAAUCAUGCUGCAGGAAAAGUUCAUCAAAAGCAGGAAAUUAAAGAUAACAAGUCUAGUGACAAAAGUCAUAAUGACAAAUACUUUUCUGGUUAUAUUAAUCGAGUGAAGAACAAGAUGAGAACAAUGACAUCAAAUUUUGAUAUGGUUGAUGAUGGUGGUUCUAAAAAGCCUACGAUAAGAAGAGAUAGUUUUAAUGAUACAAUUUCUCAUUACAUCAAUCGAGCAAAGCUCAAGAUUAGAACUACAACAAUUGUUAAUCGUAGCGAUCAUAUAUAAUAUAUUGUUUUAUGAUAUAUGGUAUUGUAUUGAUGUUGUGGGAAUAAUGUUUAGAUAUAUUCUAAUGUAUUUGACAUGAUUAUGUUGUAUAAUUAUAUAUGAAUUAAUUA